GCAAACAAUUGUCACAAGUAACCAGAUAUUUCUUACUGAUAUCGGAUUCUACAUCAAAUGAUAUAUAUUUUAUUCAGGACUUGAAUCGAGUGCAAAACGUUUACUGAUCUAAAAACUGCCAAACUGAAAUAUUAGCGGAUACGAAUAUUAAAUCAAACUUCUUUCAAAAUACACUAUAGAUCAGUUUCACUCCUGAAUUUCAUCAAUAAUAGACAUCUUGAUUCCAAGAAAGGUUUUCCAUUUCAAAUACUAUUAAUUAUUCUUUUUUCAAUGAUAGAGACUUAGUUCUCUAUUCUCCUUCAGCACCUACCACCCUCUUUAGUUGAAUAGUCAAUUCCUAUUGGAUUAAUUUAUGAUGUUUGUUGAUUGGCUUGAACACAUGCAAUGAUUGAUUAUAAAAUUUUCAGCGAUAUUAACUUAUGGAAAAAAUUAAUAUUAUUAUAUAUACUUUUUAGAUGUUAAAACGAACAGUUUCAUCAAUUUAUUUAAUUACGAUUAAUAAUCGUCGUUUAUUUUCAUUAACAACUAUAACAAAUCGACAACAACAAAAAAAUAUUAAUGAUGAUUCAAAUGAAAUAAAUAAUCAACAUCGUCAAUUUGGACAAUAUCAUUCACGUUCAUCAAAUUUUAAAAAUCGAAUACAACAACAUAAAAAUAAAGAACAAGAACAAGAAGAUCUUGAUGUUAAAAAACCUCUAUUUAAUAGAUAUAAUGUCACGCGAUUACGUUCAAAAAUACCAUCCCAUAAGAAAUCUAUAGAAGAUGAUGAAAAUGAUAUAUUUACUGAGGAAAAAGAUGAUUUAACAAUGCUUGGAACAGAUAAAAAAGCUUUUUCUUCAUCAUCGACAAUACCUGCUGAAAAACGAACUACAACUGCAAUUUCAUUGAAUAAAAAGACUCAAACGUAA